AUGGAACAACAAACGGCGACGGUGGCGACGGGGGAGCGGGAGGAGCGAAACCUCCAAUUCACAUCCUCAGUCCCCAUCCCGUACGUGUCGCCCGCCGUUUGGGCGAUGAUGGAUCCGUCCUUGCUGGCGCCCUCGCUCAGCGUAGAAGCCCUCGAGAACAACCUGGGGCAAGUGCUGGCGGUGCUGUCGGCGGUGACGCAGCAGCUGCGACCCGACGAGCAGCUCUCCUUCGAUGCCAUCGUGGCGGAGCUGACCAAGCCCGAGCUGCUCCACCACGAACAUCAGCACGUGCAGGGCCUCGUGCUCGACUGUCUGCGACAAGUCAGGCGAGAGCAGGACACCAGCAGCAGCCCGCAACCACCGAAGGCGAACACACCUCUGGAGAAGAAUCGGGCACACGGCAAGGCCCUCGCGGUGGCGGGAAAGGGUGCGAACCGAAAAGAGCGGCGACGGGCGCAGCCCGAGAUGGAGCACUGGCUCUCGGCGCCCGGCGAACUGGCCACCAUCAUCAAGAACAAGGACUGGUCACAGACACCCCUGGGUCCGCUCUCGCAAUGGCCGCUUGCGCUCAAGAUUGCGCUCACAGUGUGCCUCUGGUCCCGCUACUCAGUUGUACGUCGCAACUCUGCCACUGCCGAGGCUCUAGAGCCUUGCACGCCCUAUUCGGUGUGCUGGAGCACGAUUUGGGAGCAGCAGAGGCCGUUGCUCGACGGCGUCACCUUUUCCAAGAAGGCCAACUGGAUCGAAGACCAGCUGAAUUGCGUGGACCGGUUUGGCUACCUUGAGGAGGCCUACUUCACCUUCUCCUACAGCCCUUUGUUCCUCGAGGACAACUCGGUCGGCGGCAUCUUCUGUUCCUGCUCGGAGACCACGUCACGCGUCAUUGGCGAGCGUCAGCUGCGAGCGCUGCGCGACCUGGCUGCUCGAGGAGCAGAUGCAGAAUCGGCCAAGGGUGCGCUACACAUCACAGCCGAGGUCAUCAGCUCAUCGGGAAAGUGGGACAUCCCCUUUGCCAAUUUGUACCUGCUCGACGAGGGCAUGAAGCACGCGUUCCUGGAGGAAGUCGUCGGACGGCAGGAGAAGGGCUCCGUACUGUGCCCCUACAUCGUCACCAUCCCUCGACUAAGCCAGUCCAGCGACAGCGAUGGGAGUAGUGGCAGCAGCAGCGCAGGUGAGGAUCGAGAGGAGGAGCAGGGCGGGUUCUGGUGCGCCCUGUUUCACGAGGUCGUGACGACACGCACUUCGCAGUUCCUCGACCUCACCCAGUUCGGCGAGGAAGUGCCACUGUGUGUGGCUUGGGAAGAUCGGCCCAGGUCGUGUGUUAUAUUUCCGAUGCUGUCGCAAACGGAUGCGGACAAGGUGGUGGGGAUUCUUGUAGCUGGCGUGAACCCACGACACGAGCUAGACGACAACUACCGGAUAUUUUACAAUUUGUUCACCGGGCAUGCCGCGUCGGCUGUGACCAAUGCCAUGGCGCGCGAGGAGGAACGAAAGCGAGCAGAGUCCUUGGCUGAGUUGGACCGAGCCAAGACCACCUUUUUCUCCAAUAUUUCGCACGAGUUCCGAACGCCACUCACGCUCAUGCUCGGCCCUCUCGAGGAUCUGAUGGACAGUGCCGAGCUGCAGCUCGAGAAGGAGCAGCUGAUGCUCAUUCAUCGUAACGCGCUGCGACUGUACAAGCUGGUCAACUCACUGCUCGAUUUCUCGCGCAUCGAAGCUGGCCGGGCGCGCGCCGUCUUCGAGCCGGUCGACCUCAGCGCCUUCACCCAGGACCUCGCCUCAAUUUUCCGCUCGGCCACCGAAAGAGCGGGGCUAGACCUGUUGGUGGAUUGCUCGGAGCUGGAGCAGGCGGUCUACGUGGACAAGGACAUGUGGGAGAAGAUCGUGCUCAACCUGCUCUCCAACGCGCUCAAGUUCACCAUGCACGGCUACAUUCGCAUCAGCACCAAGGCCAUCUCCGAAACGCACGCCGAGCUGGCGGUGCAGGAUACGGGCAUCGGCAUUCCGUCCGAGGAGGUGCCCCUGUUGGGCAAACGUCUAGCCCUGGUCUUCGAGUUGGUGCGCCUCCACGGCGGCACCGUGUCGGUGGAAAGCAAAUUGGGCAAGGGCUCCACGUUUCGGGUGCGGCUUCCGUUUGGCACGCAGCACCUGCCGGCCAAUCAGAUCAAGCGCAUCGUGCGGACCCUGCCCGCGGCCUUUGCGGCGUCCGCGAAGUACCCAGCCUCGCCUCGCCAUCACCUCCCCGAGGGCGGCCAGCCGCAGCUGCCGCCGCACCAGCCGCAGCCGACGAAUGCGAACGCGGACGAGUACGACACGUCGCUGGCCGACGCCCGCAACUACUCGAAGACGGCGUCGUGGUGGCUGCCCUCGAUCCCGAUCGCGGCCUCGUCGUCGUCGCGCAACAGCUCGUCGAUGUCGUCGGCCUCGUCGUCGUCGUCGUCUUCGUCAUCGUCAUCGUCGGCCUCGUCGUCGCCCGUGCUGUCGCUGUCGUCGUCACCGUCGUCCUCGUCGCCGGAGAUGCCGUCGUCGCCGCGAUCGCGCACGGCCUCCACCUUCAGCGUGCUCUCCGACAAGCACAGCAAGCGGUCCAAAAAGAAAAGAGGCAAGGACACCAAGGCGCGAGUGCUGCUGGUGGACGACAAUUUUGAUAUGCGCGAAUACGUCGCGCGACUACUGAGCACCAAGUACGAAGUCAUCAGCGCCGCCAAUGGUUUGGAAGCGCUGAGCGUGCUGCGAUCCGGGCCGAAUGCCAUCGACCUAGUACUGACCGAUGUCAUGAUGCCCUUCCUGGACGGUUUUUGGACUCCUCAAAGAGCUUCGGUCGCGAGACGAGACGCGCAUGUUGCCGGUGAUUAUGCUGUCGGCGCGAGCAGGCGAGGAGGCCAGCGCCGAGGGCCUGGCCGAGGGGGCCGACGACUACCUCAUCAAGCCCUUCACCGCGCGCGAGCUGCUGUCCCGCGUGUCGUCGCACCUGCGGAUGGCCCGCAUGCGCAUGGAGGCGGCCGACACCGAGCACACGCUGAGGAUGGACGUGGCCGAGGGCAAGGAGCGGCUCGAGCGCAUCCUGGCCUCGAUCCAGGACGCCUUCGUGUCGCUCGACGCCCGGCUGCGCUACUCGUUCGUCAACACCAACGCCGCCUUACUUCUCGGCGCCAAGAAAGAGGAUAUGGUGGGCCACAACGUGUGGCGAUUCAUGGUCGACACGGAGGACCGCGUGGUGCGACGCAACCUGGAGCGGGCGGUGAAGGAGAAGGUGGACCUCGUGUUCGACUAUUACUACAACAACCGGGACCGCUGGUACGAGAGCCGGAUUUAUCCGGGAGCCGACGGAGGCGUCACGCUGUACACGAUCGACGUCACCGCGCGAAAGAAGUCCGAGAUCCGGCUCGGCCUUAUGUCCCAGGUCGGUCGGUUGCUGUCGGCCAGCGUCGACAGCCAUCUGCCCUCGCUGCUCUCCGGCGCUCUCAAGAUCAUCGCAGGUUCGGUGGUGGCGGACUGGUGCAUUCUCGACGUGGUCGCCGAGAACAACACCCUACAGCGCAUCGCCACGCCCCAGGCCGCCACCCAGCUCUGGCAGCUGCACAAGCUCCCAUCGCCAGCAGCGGGGGACAAGGGCAAGAGGGUGACGGGCGGCAAGAAGUACUUCAAGGAGCUGGAGCUGUGCAACGGAGAGCGCGUGGGGAUCGAGUGCGGGUUGCCCAACCCCGACGACUUCUUCGUGUGCUACCUCGAAGGCCGCGGCAAGAUCUUCGGCUGCUGGCUCUUCGCCCGACACCCGUUCCUUCAGUCUGGCUUCCACCACGAGGACAUUGCGACGGGCGAGGAGCUGGCGCGACGAGCGUCGAUGGCGAUUGA